CGACUUCACUCUCACUGUCCCCCACUUUGCAUUGUUCCUCUUGACACUCCCUUCUCUUGCAUUGUGGCCUUCAUCGCGGCACUCAAAAGUUCGACAAGAACCUCACCCUCACCCUCAUACGCACAAGGAUACCCUGCACAGUCUCUUCGCAUCCACAUCUAUCGACCCUUCCUUCUCACGCCCUCACACGUUCCGACUUUUCUCGCCGUCACAACAUGGCCGCUCCAACCGCUACCUCCACCGCUCCCUCGCUCUCGGCUGGUCCCAGUGCCCCUGCAUCGGCUCCCAUCUCGCAGCCGCCUACCGUCAAUGGCGAUGCCGAGAGCCCCAAGGAUAACGCCACAGAAGCCGCCGCGGCGUUCGCGUCAGAGAUCGCGGGGCACAUCUUCAAUAACGGCUUCUGUCACCAGCAGUGGGCCGACAUCCAGGUCGUCUUCUUCAGCGGCUCGCUCAAGCUUCACAGGCUCAUCCUCUCGCGUAGCCCCUACCUCGCGCACCUGAUGAACAACUCAAUGCCAGGGAGCACGAUCCAGCUGUCGUUUACAGACGAAAACAUUACGGAGGAGGCCGCCUACAUUGCCAUUCAGCACCUCUACCAUCCAUCUCUCCACAUCGUGACGCCCGAGAACGCCCGCUCGGUGCUCGCCGCAGCGUACCUCUUCGGCGGUAUGCCUGAGCUCGUUCAGCACGCCUACUCGGUGGCCUCAGAGUCAAUCUCGGCAACCAACGUGAUCGACUACGUCCACUGGCUCGAUGCCGGAUCGCGGAGGCCAGUAGCCAACGGCUUCGCGUUCGGCUCUGUUGGCGCCCCGGCACCCGCGCCCUCGAGCGGUGUGUGGGCCGACCCGGCGACUGCACCGUACGGCGAGUGGUCGGCCCGCCUGCGCUCCGACGUCCUCACCUUCUUAAUCCGCACCCUGCCUGCCCAGCUGCACGCGAGCGGUGGCGAGGGCUCCCUCGCGACCGAUGCGCGUCUUCUGGCGGCUUAUGUGUCCCUCCCGUUCGACCUCUUCAAGCACUGCGUCGAGGCACCAGAGCUGCCCAUUCCCUUCAUGCAGGACCGCUUCUCGUUCGCCAAGAGAGCGAUUGCGCAGCGCAAGAAGGCCAACGCUGCGGCUACUGCCAGGGGACCUCCCCAGGCUCAGUAUGAGGAGACUGUUGUCCUGGCCCUCAAGUCUGAAGGUGACGGCAUGGCGGUUCACAUUACUCGAAAGCCGAAGAGGGGUCGCGCGGCGCUCUGGAAGGUCGAGGGAUAGACAGGGUUUGUAGGGUAGUUGUGCAUAUCACUCGCAUUGGGA